AUGGCUUUUUCUACAAGAUUGGCCACCCUCAUAAGCUCCAUUGCUUUUUCAACGUAUUUCUUUAUCGUCAUUUUCCAAAUUCCCAUUUUUAGGGUUCCAUGUAGAAUGGGAAUAUGUAAGACACCAUUAGAAGUGACAUCUUCUCAGUUAAUUGCAAGUGAGGUCUUCCCUCUUUUCAUAGUGAAGACUCUUCUCUACCCUGGUGCUUUUGCAAAGGCAAUUUGCAAGCAGAAAAGCAUCCCAACCUAUGCAAAUUUGCUCAAGUUGCAUAAUUUUAGGGCAAGAGCUAUGUCUGCCACAUCUGAUCUCCAACACCUUGAGGUUCUGGCUGGAAGCUAUUUGGCUGUGGGAGGAGCAAUAGCAGGUUUGAUAAAACCGGGGAGAAUGAGCCUUUUUGGAAUACUACUUCUGAUGUGGGGUCUGAUUAUGGGAAAAUCUGGUUUCAGUCAUGAUACAGGUAUCCAUAUCUAUCCAGCAAUGUAUGUUGUGCUACUCUCAGCAUUCUUCUCCAUUAGGAGGGAUGUCAGAAAGAUAAUCCGUAGCUUCAACCUAAAGCACAUUGUGAAGGUAAAACGCUUCUAA